UGAACACUUUCUGUUUGUGUGUGUGUGUGUUAGUGGGUGCUUAUGGGUGGGGGUCAGGCCUCCAUUUUUACCAGGACGUCUGCAGCAGCUGUCCACUGACAUGCCAGAGGGAGUGUCACAGUGGUGAUACAGGGGUUCAGAAGAGAACUGAGGCGUUUGAUCAAGGAAGGUUUACUCUAACCGUCUCCGGCCUGUCGAGGACCUGCAGCCCCACCAUGGCGGAUCAGUACCAGUACAACACCAACGAGGAGAAGAUUGUAAAGGACAGCCACACCAAGGAGAUCGAUCUAAUUAACAGAGACCCCAAGCAGAUCAAUGAGGACGUGGUGAAGGUGGAGUUUGAGGAUGUCAUUGCAGAGCCUGACGGUACACACAGCCUGGAUGGUGUGUGGAAGCUCAGCUACACCACCUUCACGGUGUCCAAGUACUGGUGCUACCGCAUCUUGUCUGCUGUCUUCGGAAUCCCUGUAGCUCUCCUUUGGGGCUUCCUGUUUGCAUGCAUCUCCUUCUGCCACAUCUGGGCUGUGGUUCCCUGCAUCAAGAGCUGUCUGAUUGAGUCACAGUGCAUCAGCCGCAUCUACUCUCUCUGCAUUCAGACCUUCUGCGAUCCCUUCUUUGAAGCCCUUGGCAAGAUCUUCAGCAGUGUGCGCGUUGCACUGCGCAAAGAAGUCUAAGUACUCACACAAUAGUGUUUAUAAUAUGAUCGGAAGAAGUGCGGUACCUUUUUAUACACCAGAAGAUCUGUCCUGGCAUCUCGCUUACUCCCUGAUACUCCUCCUCCCUCCCUCCCUCCCUCACAUGCUGCUCCCCACCCUCAAGUUCCCUGCUCUGAGUCCUGACAUACCCGCUGUGCCUUUUGCCACCAGAAGCUCUGUGACAGCUGCAGCAGGCAGUGUGGUUCUGUGACAGCUCUGGCACUCCUGGAGGGCUCAGUGCUCCUCACUGGGGGAGAAGAGGGCCGCUUGCCAUGAGAAUUUAUUAAGCAAAGACAGAAGCUACUCAUUCACAACAAAUGAAACAAACUCCCCACCACUGCUGCACCUGCGGAAAGUGCUGCAUGUAUGCAUUACAUUUGGCCAUUCUUAAAAGUUAUAUUGAUGCUGUAUGUUGCUGUGCCUGCCAUUGUUUAAUUUUACACUGACUGAAUUGAAUUAGAGAAAUAUAUGUAACAUUAUUAUAAAAACUCUAACCAAAAGAUAGGAAUUGAAAAUGUUUUCUCUACAUAAUUAUUUUGUCCGAUUUCUUUAUAGUUUGUAAAAAGGUAUUCUGAUAUCUUUCCCGUCUUAAUUUGUGAUGACUCUACAGUGACUAACAAACUGUUUGGAGACUUGCAGAUGUAUGAAAUAUGUUUGGAACCAACCAUGCAGAAAAUCUACUCUCUUUUAUCGAAGCAUGAUGAGUGGAAUAUUAAACUUGCUUAUUUGCGUAUUUUAGUCAAGUAUGUGUAAACAAGUAUGGACAUAACUACUGAUGCAGUAAAGUAAAAACCUGUAAUGUUCCAUAGCAUUAUUUUGAUUAGAAAAGAAGAUAUAUGUAUAAAAGUAUAAUUUGCUUUGCUGCUAUUGUGCAAACAGGCUGAAAAUGUACAAUUAAUGAUCGUGUCCUUAUAAUAGAAGUAUAUUGCAUCACCGGUUCAAUGUUUGAUUGAAAGUAUAGUAUGUGUAUUGUUUCGAAUCAUUCUGAGAGGCUUAAAGAAAUACAUUUUUAAGAUUCACCAAACAUCCUAACCAUGUAUUAGUGAUAUUUUUGAUAACUUCUAUCACUACAUGUUUCUGUUAAUAUGCUUCUCUUCUGUGUCUGAGAUUCAUUAUUGAUGUUUCUUUGUUCAUAACCUCAGUGUGUUUCUACUUGUCGAUUCUUUGCAGUCCUGUAUUGUGCUAGACAACGCACACAUUUUAUAUGAGCAUAAA